GGGGCGGGGCCUAAGGCGGCGAGCGCUGCUGGCGGCGGCGGCCACAACCCAGACAUCUGGGACUGUUGUUCUCUCGCGGCGGGACCGCCUCGGUCCGUUCGCCCAGAGAGACCGGGAGCUGGUCUAGUGGGGAGCGGGCGGCCGCGCGCCCCCUCUCGUGCUUCCCCGAAGCUGCGCAGGAGCUGGCACAAACAUCCUGCGGCUGGUCUCCAAUGCCCUUCAGUGAGGAGGGGGCGUCGCGACCCUGGUGAGCGUACGUCAAGCCCUUCCAGUUCGGUGUCUGCGCGGGUCCCCUAGGCCCGCACCCCCGUCAGGCUGCCAUGGCUGAAAACGCAGAGGGAGACCUGAACUCCAACCUGCUCCACACCCCCUACCACACCGGGGACCCUCAGCUAGACACGGCCAUCGGGCAGUGGCUGCGUUGGGAUAAGAAUCCCAAAACAAAAGAGCAAAUCGAAAAUCUGUUACGGAAUGGGAUGAACAAGGAGCUGCGAGAUAGACUUUGUUGCCGAAUGACUUUUGGAACUGCAGGACUUCGUUCUGCGAUGGGAGCAGGAUUUUGUUAUAUCAAUGACCUUACAGUAAUACAGUCAACACAGGGGAUGUACAAAUACCUUGAGAGAUGUUUCUCAGACUUCAAGCGAAGAGGUUUUGUCGUUGGGUAUGACACCCGGGGUCAAGUAACUAGCAGCUGCAGCAGCCAAAGGCUUGCUAAACUCACUGCUGCAGUCUUAUUGGCCAAAGAUGUACCUGUGUAUCUUUUUUCAAGAUAUGUUCCUACACCUUUUGUACCGUACGCCGUCCAGGAGCUCAAAGCAGUUGCAGGUGUGAUGAUUACUGCAUCUCACAACCGCAAAGAAGACAACGGAUACAAGGUUUAUUGGGAAAAUGGUGCUCAGAUCACAUCUCCUCAUGAUAAAGAAAUUCUGAAAUGUAUAGAAGAAUGUGUGGAACCCUGGAAUGGUUCCUGGAAUGAUAAUUUAGUGGAUACCAGCCCACUUACAAGAGAUCCUCUGCAGGACAUUUGUAGGAGAUACAUGGAAGAUCUGAAAAAGAUCUGUUUUUACAGGGAAUUAAACUCAAAGACCACCUUGAAAUUUGUACAUACGUCUUUUCACGGAGUCGGACAUGACUAUGUGCAGUUGGCUUUUCAGGUGUUUGGUUUUAAGCCUCCAAUUCCAGUACCAGAACAAAAAGAUCCUGAUCCAGACUUUUCUACUGUUAAAUGCCCAAAUCCUGAAGAAGGAGAAUCUGUGCUGGAACUCUCUUUGAGACUGGCAGAGAAAGAAAAUGCCCGGAUAGUGCUCGCCACAGAUCCCGAUGCAGACCGAUUGGCAGUGGCAGAACUUCAGGAGAAUGGUGAUUGGAAAGUUUUUACAGGGAAUGAGUUGGCAGCUUUGUUUGGGUGGUGGAUGUUUGAUUGCUGGAAGAAAAAUAAGUCAACAAAUGCUGAUGUGAAGAACAUUUAUAUGUUAGCCACCACCGUCUCGUCCAAAAUUCUAAAGGCGAUUGCACUUAAAGAAGGAUUUCAUUUUGAAGAAACAUUACCUGGUUUUAAAUGGAUUGGAAGUAGAAUAAAAGACCUCCUGGAAAAUGGGAAAGAAGUCCUUUUUGCGUUUGAAGAGUCUAUUGGUUUUCUGUGUGGAACUUCGGUUUUGGAUAAAGAUGGGGUGAGUGCAGCUGUUGUUAUUGCUGAGAUGGCAUCUUACCUGGAAACCAUGAAUAUAACAUUGAAACAACAACUGAUUAAGGUUUAUGAAAAAUAUGGUUAUCAUAUUUCAAAAACAUCAUAUUUCUUGUGUUAUGAGCCAACUACCAUCAAAAGUAUAUUUGAAAGGCUUCGCAAUUUUGAUUCUCCAAAAGAGUACCCAAAAUUUUGUGGGACAUUUGCUAUAUUGCAUGUACGAGACAUUACCACCGGCUACGACAGCAGCCAGCCUAAUAAGAAAUCAGUGCUGCCUGUGAGUAAAAACAGCCAGAUGAUUACGUUUACGUUUCAAAACGGCUGUGUUGCUACGCUUCGGACCAGUGGGACAGAACCAAAGAUAAAGUAUUAUGCAGAGAUGUGUGCAUCACCUGACCGGAAUGACACUGCCUUGCUAGAAGAGGAGCUGAAGAAACUCAUUGAAGCUUUGAUUGAGCAUUUCCUCGAGCCCAGUAGAAAUGGACUGACCUGGCGCUGUGUUUAGUGUUCAGCGGUACAUCCUUGCUUUGCCCUGGCCUGUGGCACAGAACGACCAAGGACGCCAUGCACUGAACUCGUGUUCACAGUCUCUGUCUGUCUCAUUUGGCCGAGUAUCUUUUUCCUAUUUCUUUCUUACUGGUUGGCUGACUAAACAAACUGUAUACAUUUGAAAUGGAAUGGUCUGAAGAGAAAUGAUUCAAAUUUUUUCAUAAUCGUGAACAAAAGUUACUGCAUUAAAAGUGUUAUGGUAACACGUCGUUCUUCCUUCAACAGAAACAAAACAGUACAAAUGUGAGUUUUCUUAUUCAAGUGUGAUUCAGCUUAGUUCCAUAUUCUUGGAAUUGCGUAUAGCACAGUUUGUUUGUUUUAAGUAAGAUGUAUGUUGUAUAAUUGAAGUGUUAGUUAAGGAAAUUAAUCCAUAAGAUUGGCAAGAAAAUGGCACUGGUCCCAGUAUACUUUGGAAAAGUGUCAUCGCUACGUCAUAGGUAUUAACUUACAAAUUAGAAUAUUUGAAAUAGGGUAUUUAGUUAGCAUUUGUAGCUUAGAACAGAUGUCACAGUAUGUGGUUUCAGCACCUCUUUCAGGUGCUCUUGGUGCAGUGUAAAUUUUAUUGUAUUUAUUUAAAAUUCUGACAUUACGGAACAUACAACAACAGUGGCAACUCUCCCAGUGGCUUGGUUCUUGUCAAAUUUCUCAGUGCCUUCUCAGGGUAUGGUUUGAAUUGAAAUAGUGUUCUUGCGUUGAAUAUAACAAUUAAUUCAUAGGCAGUUAAAGAAAAUCUUCCAAACCAUUAUAUAGGUGCUUCCCCUUUAUAUCAGAUAAGUUUGUUGAUUUUAAAAUCUUACGAAUGUAAAUCAGAAUCUCAAUAAAAGCAGGUUCAAUAUAAUUGUAGUUAAGGAACUUCAUGUUAAAAUUGUCAGUUAUCACAGCCUCUAAGAAAAGAAAAAAAAAUAUUGAGCAAGAAGCUGUGAAUUUAGUUAAAAGUUUAACUUUUUUUUUCUUUUUAGGGCCUCACCUGAGGCAUAUGGAAGUACUCAAGACAAUGCCGGAUUCUUAACCCACUGAUCAAGGCCAGGGAUUGAACCUGCAUCCUCAUGGGUUCAUAACCCGCUGAGCCACAACGGGAACUCCUAAAACUUUGUUACGUUUUUACAGCAGUAUUUAUUUCUUUAUCACAUGAAGGUAAGCUCUUUUACUAAGAAAUAAAACAUCCAAAUGUUAGAUGUUCUGAAAUACUGAAACUACAUGUUUUAAAACAGAAGUUCAGUGAGUUCUCUGGUGGCCUAGUGGUUAAGGAUCUGGUGUUAUCGCUGCUGUGGCUCAGGUCCCUGCUGUGGUGUAGGUUCAGUCCCUGGCCCAGGAACUUCCACAUGCUUCAGGGGUGGCCAAAAAUAAUAAUAGUAAUAAAACUAAAGUUCAGUUUAUCCUAAUAUCUUGCUGACUUCCAUAGACUUUCCAAUCAUAAGAGUAUUUUUAAUCUGUUUUAGUGUGGAAAAAAAUUUUUUGGAAGUUAACUUUUGGUUGACUCUGCUGGAUUCUAAAAAAGAGUUAAUAGAGAAGUGCUGUUUAAUCUUUUUAAAGUAUAUCCCCUCCUAUAAAGCUCUCCAAGUACUUAAACACAUGUGGUCUAGUUACAGUGUAACAAUAACGAGGCCUGGGGUAUAUAUACAUAAUUAUACUAAACAAAUUGCCUGUGGGAGAUAACUAGUAUUAGAGAAUUUAUUUCCUAAAAAAUGUUAAUAAUAUAAAAUUUGAACUGACUAGAAUAUUGAAUCAUAGCUUGGUUUAUUGCAGCUAUCAGCUAACAUUUGGUUGAACCAAGAUAAUUUCAAAUUAUUGUAUUGCCACUAUUGUUCAUUGGUUCCUUACUUUCUUAUAGUUGAAUCUUGUGUGACUAGAUAAUAGACAGCUAAAUGUAGAGUACCGUAUUUCUGAAUGAGUUUGUUUUCAAAAGCUUGGCACUGAAGAAAUGUGUAGACUCUUUUGCCUUAUUUGCUAUUUUAGGAAUGUAAAUUGUAAUUUAGGAAAUGGCCUAUAGUCUACCAAGUGGUGUGAACAAUGCUAUGUAUAUGAAAAAGAUGUGUAUUCAGUUUUAGUGUUUGUGUUUCAGUGACUAAAGAGCAAAGUGGAGGUAAAAUGAUGUGAUCGCGCAUCUGUGAUCACUAAAGCUGUGUCAUAUUGUCGUUCUGUUAUACAGAGAACAGUUUUGAGUGCUUUCAUAUAAUGCCAGAUUUGAGUCCUCUUAAUCACGGUCAAAAGUCGUUAAGGCCGGGAUUCUUAUCUCAGAAAUUUAAACAUCCAAAGUUAAAAAAUAACAAAAUUGUACAGAUGUUCCCAAAGUGUAUAAAUUGAAGGAAUUGUUUGAUUCUAACGAAGCUCCCGAGUCUGUCUGAGCGUAAUAUUUCACAAGAAUUUGACGGAGUGUGUGUGUACACUUGCCUAACUGGGUGAGUUCAGUGGCCCAAGCCAACUGGGAGAAAGAACAGAAGUGCUGGCCAGUAGGUCUCAGCCUUAAGAUCUACAUAACCCUUUUCCUUAUGAACAGGAUCAUGGAAAUGAAUAUAUUCUCAUGGAGCCUGUAGAUCAAAGCUGGGAUUUUUCUAGAGCUGUAGGGAAAGGGAAAGAAGUAAUGGGGCAAGAUCAAAGCACUGGAAAUAAAAAGUAGAAAUAAACAAACAACAGACAGCUCAGUAAGCUGGCACAGGAUAUGCUUCGCGUGAAGGGCAGACUUAGCACCGGAAAAGCAGGGAGUGAACCUACUGCGGGGAAGUUUUUUAUUUUGUUUAUUUAUCAAGAUGAUGAGCAGGUAGUGAUGCUUUUGUUUUCUUUUGUUAGUAACCUCUAAAAAGAGGCCAGGAGGCCUAUGAGGAGGCGAGAAAAGUGUCCCUCUUAGCGAUUCAGCUCCUGUGAGGAUGUGGUGUGUUAGGAUCAUACAGGAACAGGGGAGGAAAGGAUAUCGCAGAAAUGAGGAGGAAUGAAAUAUCUCUUGGAAAAUAACUAUGAGAAAAAAGUACAAAGAAUUAAGAUCAUUCAACUCUGGAGGGGAGAAAGCUGUUGAGAUAGCUUAAGAAGUCUCGAGUUAUUAGCCGAAUCUUUCAUUGAAGAGCUCAAAGAAGAAGGUAAUAUGACGAACUGUUUUCCAUCCCCAGCAGGGACAGAAUAAGAGGGAAUAAAGUUUUUUUUAAAUAAGGUUAAAAAUUUUAUUAUUAAGGGGUAUACGAAAUAGCCUUUUAAAGUUCCUUCCAAUCCUUUUUGAAAUCUCAGAUUGAAACAAAGAUGUUGUGACAAAGCGCACUGAAAAGUAACAUUUGAGUUUGCCUCCUUAUCUAGAAGAAAACUUUAGCUCGCAAGAUAGUUUUUGUAUAUGUUGAGUAGCAGAUGCCUGAGCGCAGUCUUUAUUCACUGUGUAAAAGACCUGCUUAGUUUAACCUGGCAAGGUGAGACUUGAUCACAGUUUUGUUCAUCUGGAAGAAUGGCUAGCGUUAUAGGAUAUCCGAGGGUUUUGUUUUACAUAUAAAUUAUUGUUCUUUGGAUGUAAUAACUUCAGCACUUAAAAAGGUUCUAAGAGGAGCUCCCUUUGUGGCACAGCGGAAACAAAUCCGACUAGGAACCAUGAGGUUGCAGGUUCAAUCCCUGGCCUCGCUCAGUGGGUUAAGGAUCCGAUGGUGCCGUGACCCGUGGUGUAGGCCGGAGACACGGCUGGGAUCUGGUAUUGCUGUGGCUGUGGCGUAGGCCGACAGCAACAGCUCCGAUUAGACCCCUAGAGUCUGGGAACCCCUAUAUGCCUCAGGUGUGGCUCUAAAAAGACAAAAAGACAAAAAAAAAAAAAAAGUUCUAAGAGAUUAGAUGCUUUGAAAUAUCUUGAUACAGGAAAUAGACCUCCUGUUUGUUAAGUCGUUUCUGGAAGUGAUGCAACAAAGAUCUUAGCCGGAGGUUAAAGGAGAAAUUGUUCAAUGAACUGCUGCUAUUAGUAUUUCUCUUAGAUGUUUUCCCUUGAUGUUUGUGAUGCUUGAAAAAGUCCAAAUUUUACUUGGAUAAAUUUGUUUUAUGCCUCUUUCUCUCUACCUCCCUCUUUCCCUGUAGGUGCCCUCCUACAUUUUGUUACUGUGAAAGCUGUUGCCUGUUACCUCACUGUUAAGAAAUCUUAACUAUACAUUCAGAAUGCUUUAAACUUAUUCCUAAGCUGUUUUUGUUUAUGGACUUUGGGUUAUUUUGUUAUUAUUGUGAGAAUAUUUAAGACAUUGUAAGAAAUAAUUUUAAAUCUGUUGCAUAACCUGUUUUGGUCUGUCUGAAUACUAUUAUAUAUUAAUUUAUUAUGGCCUUUUACAGUUCACUUGUUUUCUGAGAUUGCGCUAGAACCUGGUGAGGAAAGAGUUAUACUAACCAAGAUGAAUGGUCAGUUCAUCUAGCAUUGUACUUUCGGCAUCCAAAGCACAAGAUCUGAGGAAGUCUUUCUUCACAGUUUUCCCUCAGAGCAUCAUAAGCCAUGAGAAGUCUAAGUGAGACAAAAAAGAAUCUCUUGAUGUCUGACUCUACACAGCCUGACUUGAGUUCUAAUUGGAAACAAAGUUAAUAAUUACCAUUGGUUACUUUAAAAUAUUCACCAUACUGUUCCAUUCAUUAAGACAUCCCUUCCUCCUUGUUAGUUUAAGACUGUGUGUACUUCAAAAAGGGAACAUAAAAGAAUGAGUGAAGUGGGAGUUCCCGUCCUGGCUCAGCUGAAAGGAAUCUGACCUGUAUCCAUGAGAGUGCAGGUUGGAUCCCUGGGCUUGCUUAGUGGGUUAAGGAUCGCGUUGCCCUGAGAUGCGGUGUAGGUCACAUAUGAGGCUUGGAUCUGGUGUUGCUGUAGCUGUGGCGUAGGCCAGCGGCUUCAACUCCAAUUAGACCCCUAGCCUGGGAACCUCCAUAUGCAGUGGGUGUGGCCCUAAAAAAAAAAAAAAAUUAGUACAGUGACCAGGAUAAGGGCAAAGUGAUGGAUCUAAAGUUUGCUUCUCGAAUUUUUCCACCAGCAUGAUCCUAAAGCAGAGGAGCGUGAGUGUGGGGGAAGGGGCCUGAGAGCAAAAUCAGAAGCAGCCAGCCACUCAUGACAUUUCGUGUUCUGUCCUAAAAAUGUAAGUGAAUUUUGCAUUCUCCCUAAUAAAACUUUUACCAUAAAAGCGAUUCCUUCAAUCCUCAUGGAAAUUUGUACUGCCAGAAAGAGGAACCGUGCUUAUCACGUGGGCUCUCAAUCCCCCCAACCCUGUCCCCCUUCCCCCCGCCCUGCUCCCCGCCCCCACCAUUGCUGGAUAUCCCUGGAGAUACGCACAUGACUCCAGUGUGAGAAGUAUAAACAUAGAACAUAAGUGGGAUGGUCCCUGCCCUUUAGAAGCUGACCUUUGAAAGUAGUAAUGCCACAUCAAAGUGACCUGAAAGAGUUAUCACUGAACCUUACCAGUCGGAGAGGUUGGCCAGUCUGUUCUCUUGAAUUCAUCGGCAUUCCUUGACUAAGAAGGAGCGCCUGACUGUCAGCUCCCUGAGGGCAGGGAUCUUAGUUUAUUAUUCCUCAUAUCCGCACCACCUGGCAGAGUACCUGUUCCAGAGCACUUCGUUGGGGACAGUAGGAAUUAUGGGACUUUAUUUUAAAGAAACAAAUAAUUGAGAAACAAUCAAACACAUUAAUUUUCUGACUCAGCUUUUGAAAAACAAUUCUCAGUUCAGAAAUUUAUAACAAAGUAAUGUUUAUUAAGUAAGCAUGCAUACCCUUAAACAUUGUUUCUUUGGAGAGAGCAGAGUGUAGUCCUAUUUCAAAGUUGUGUGUGAUGCCUAGCAUUUUACACUCAAAGCAGGGUGUUGGCCAAGAAGGCUAAGAAGAUGUCUACGUGGGAUUAGCAUCACUAGUGUUAGGGCCAUUUUAAGCCUACUAGUGUCACCUACCCAGUGAGUCACACCUAAUUUGAUGCUGUUUGGCAUAUUUCUGUUGUGUUAUGAUUCAUCAUACAUCUUACAAAAGCCCUUCACACUCGAGGUGCACUUAAUAUAUAAUGAGGCCUUGUGUUACAGACAAAACCAAACUCUUCAUGUGUGUCGUUGAAUAUGCCAGACAAAAUAUGUGCAGUUAAGAACUAAUUAUUUUUGCCUAGAGCAGUAGUUCAAAAUUGCGCCCUUGUUUUAAUAGUAUAGAUUCUGUCAACAUCUUCUCACUUUUCCCUACAAAAACACCAGGGUGUAUCGUAAGUACUGCCUAGGAGCAUUUGCACUUUAAUUUAUGUGUAUGUUUUUCUUGUGCUUUUAGCCAAAUGAAGUGUUAUCAGUAAUAAACAGGUCUCUUCAUAGG